UGUUUAGUCAUAGUCUGUCAGGAGUUGUUUUCAAGUCCGGUCCACUUAAUUUUUCCUCCGAGAUGCUGGCGUUGAUUAACAGAAUAUUAGACUGGUUCAAGAGUCUCUUCUGGAAGGAGGAGAUGGAACUGACUCUCGUGGGCCUCCAGUACUCGGGGAAAACGACGUUUGUCAAUGUUAUUGCCUCUGGACAAUUCAGCGAAGACAUGAUUCCAACAGUGGGCUUCAACAUGCGCAAGAUAACAAAGGGAAACGUGACCAUAAAAGUGUGGGACAUUGGUGGACAGCCGAGGUUCAGGUCCAUGUGGGAACGCUACUGUCGAGGAGUAAACGCCAUAGUAUACAUGGUGGAUGCCGCUGAUCCAGAGAAAAUUGAAGCCUCCCGGAACGAGUUGCACAACCUACUAGAUAAACCACAGUUAGCAGGCAUCCCUGUACUAGUCCUAGGCAACAAAAGAGAUCUACCGAAUGCCCUAGACGAGAAGGGACUGAUUGAGAGAAUGAACCUAUCUGCCAUACAGGACCGGGAAAUUUGCUGUUACUCCAUAUCAUGCAAGGAGAAGGACAACAUAGACAUCACCUUGCAGUGGCUUAUCUCUCACUCCAAGUCCGGAGGCCGCUAGAGCUCACCUCGGAGCUGUGGUAUUCCGCGAGGGUUUGGAUGUCUACUAGCAGUGUCCACAGAUUCCAAGGGGUUGUCAGAGUGUGUUGCUGUCCAAGUCUCAUUUCCCAGAGGACACAAGAUAAUGAUAUCGUGCGCAUGCAAAGUGGAGGGGGUGGGGGCGGGGUGGGGAAACGUCGAAGAGAGAGAGAGAGAGAGAGAGACAUGUCAGGGGAGUGAGUUUUGCUAUCCUUCAUUUUGAACCAUCUUAGGCAAUAUUGAUUUCCUCAGUAUACUAAGAUAUAUUUCAGAAUUGAUGCUUUGCUAGGAAUUGGUCAUCAUAUUUAUAUUGAUGUAUGGUGUGUUGUGAGAGCACUUACAUAGAUGAUGCUUUUUGUGGA